AACAAAAUAAGUGGUAAUCACUGGAAAUAUGUCCGCAAAGUGUCUCAUAAAUAGUCUUAUUGUGAUUCUGACAGCCAGUCUGUACACAAAUGCCGACUCCUUCAGCCAAUACGAGAUUAGGGACACCGAUGGCAGGGGAACUGGAGUUUAUCGGCACUUACACUAUAACCUAACAUGUAUUCCCAACACUAAAUCCGAUGACCUGUGUUAUACUAAUGGACUGGUAGUGUUUGAUAUCAUAUACGGUGUCUACUACUCGGCCAACACUACCAGUGCUAAGGAUAGCCACCGGGGGUUCUUCGUGUGGAACUCCACUAGAAUUUCAGAUCAAAACACCGAUACACUUGAGUUGAUGAUCCAGUUCACCACCGAUGACAUGAUUGUCACACCACGUGUUAAGUACAUGCGGUCUAUUAGACUGACCAUGGUCAAUCUCGAUGAAUACACGUCCACUUCAGUACUUAAGGAAUUGACAUUCACUUCAAGUUUAAAGGAUGCGUUGAACCACUCGCUGGCAAACGUGGAUAUAAUGCAGAACUCAAUCAUCAAUAACCCGUCAAACGCUAAAAUACGCGAAAAAGUAAGCAAGGACACCAAAUACAAAAUGGAAAGUACGCUCACAUACGGCCAGGCCUUUCGCAACCUAACCAACUACCACAUGAACACCCGGGUUGAGGCGGGCGCCGGCAUUAAGAUCUGGAAACUGAAGGCCGAGCUCGAGAGGGCUGUCGAGGAGGGCGUCGCUCAAGAGUUUGAGUACAACUCCAACACAUCCCAGUCCUCCACCGCCACCACUGAACAGGAGUUCCACUUUUCGCGCGAAAUAACGGUCAACCCGUUUGAAUCGGUUGAGUACAGCGCCUACUUGGAGGUGACCAAAGACCUGUCGGUGCCCUACCGGGCCCUCAAGUACCUGACAGUGUACGGGCCCCGGAGCUAUCAAAAUAAAACGCUAACCUCUCUGGAAACUGCCAUGCUCAUUUGGACACGUACUAAUAUCUCUAAUAUAACCCUAGGCCCGGAUAAUUGUGCGAUAAUACCGGUGCAGGGCAUGUAUGGCAGCACGUUUGGUGUCAAGUCGGUGUUUAAUGUGCACCAAACUGGCCAUGUUGGAAAUAGCACCAUAUUCACGGCUGAUGAGGUACAUGAGCUGAGCGCACAGGGAGGGCCCGGUACUUCGCAUGAAGUGUGCGAAGAUUUUGGUCAGGAAACCGAUAAACUGGUGACCGAUUGUGAUAAUAAAACUUAUAACACAGGAUAUACUCGCAUAUAA